AAGAAAAUGACUUUUAAGUCCUCAGGAUGCAGCUACAUAUAGUUCAAAGGUUCAUUAAUGAACACAUGAGCUCUAGUCUCUAGCCAUCUUCAAAUGUUGUUAACCAUCAUUUCCCUCCUCCUCUUUCUUCCUCCAUUAACAAGUUCUUCAGAGGCCCAGACCUGGAUCAAAGCAGGUUACUGGUAUUCCGGUGUCACAUUCCCGGUUCCUGAUAUAGACUCAACUCUGUUCACUCACUUGACAUUUGCUUUUGCGUAUAUCAACAAUUCAACUUAUGAGCUCUGGAUCAAACCCUCUGAUGAACCAUACAUGUUCAACUUCACCGACAUCGUUCGGCAAAAAAACCCGUCAAUUGUGACACUUUUGUCCAUCUGGACAGGAGAUUUAAACUUCUCAACCUUCUUUUCAAUGGCUACCCAACCAUCUCACAGAAGUAGUUUCAUUGAAUCAUCGAUACAGAGAGCCAGGCUUUAUGGGUUUCACGGCCUGGAACUUUGUUGCGUCAAGCCGGACACAAGCACCACCAAGAUGGAAGCUAUGGGAAUCCUCUUUGACGAUUGGAGAACCGCGAUAGAUAGGGAAUCGAAGAAUUCCACCCGAUCACCGCUCCUUUUAACACUGGCCAGUCAUUAUUUGCCUUCCAAAAACAGCACAAGCUAUCCGAUGGAGUCGAUUCGCAGGAACUUCGAUUGGGUACACAUCGUAGCCUAUAACUAUCACGUACCCACCAUGGAAAACUUCACAGGCGCUAAUUCUGCUUUGUAUGACCCCUCAAGCAAUGUAAGUACGGAUUAUGGAAUUAAGGAAUGGAUUAGCAGAGGAUUACCUCCUGAAAAGAUGGUUUUGGGGUUAUCAUACCAUGGGUACACGUGGAUGCUGGCGGACUCGACGGCUAAUGAGAUUGGAUCGCCUGCAAUGGGUCCGGCCGUUACGCUUGAUGGUUCGGUGUCCUACAAGUUCAUCAAGUCAUACAUGCGAUGUGAUGGAGAAAAAGUAGUGUAUAACUCCACUUAUGUCACGAAUUACUGCGUUACUAGUAGUUUGAUCUGGAUCAGUUAUGACGAUGUGGAGGCUAUUAGAACUAAGGUUUCCUAUGCGAGGGAGAAAGGACUUCUGGGUUACACAGUAAAUCAAGUCCACAAUGAUGACAAUUGGGUGCUUUCCAAGGCAGGUAAAACUUUAAAGCAACAUCAUGGUGUCGACCUCAAUUGAUUGGGGCUUAAGGUUCGAUUUUGUUUAUCAUACUGCAAUAAAGGAAGAAUUCACUUACAGAUAUGAAAAGUUGGGCAAUAUAUGAUCAUUCUUUUUUUCUUU